AUGCCCUCCUCCCGCCGCAGACAGCACGAGCCAGCAUCCAACAGCACCGAUGAGAGCUCGCCCAAGUUCACACCCUCGCCUCGCUCUUCACAAUCCUCUGAUGACCAACUGUCUAUGAUAUACGAACCGAACUCUUUCGAACUUCGAACAAUCACUCCCCACGAUGAACCCGCACAUAAAGAAGAGCUGGGAGAAGAAGACGAGGGUUUCCUGCCUAGUACACGACGCGCCUCCUUAGACUCUGUCCAGAGCUACGAGCUGUAUACUCCAGACGAGGAUCGAAGAGUGCUCAAAAAGCUUGAUCGCAGGCUAGUCGCGUUUAUGGCCUUGCUGUACAUGUUAAGCUUCUUGGAUCGGUCGAACAUUGGGAAUGCACGUAUAGCCGGUCUUGCAGAUGAUUUGAAGCUCAGCUCUACCCAAUAUGAGUGGUUGCUGUGGGCGUUCUAUAUUACAUACAUCCUAUUCGAGUGGAUGACACUCAUGUACCGCGUCGUCCCGCCGCACAUCUACAUAUCCCUGUGUAUUCUGUCUUGGGGCAUAGUUGCGUCGCUUCAGGCAGUCGUAACGUCCUUCAGCUUCCUCCUCGUUCUGCGAGCCCUCCUCGGCAUCAGCGAAGCGGCCUUUGGGCCUGGCGUACCCUUCUACUUGUCCUUUUUCUUCCGCCGGUCUGAACUGGCUUUUCGAACUGGACUCUUCAUUAGUGCUAGCCCUCUCUCAGCAUCAUUUGCUGGAGCACUAGCUUACCUUAUUACCAAAAUCGGUGAGCACGGCCCACUCAGUCCUUGGAGGCUGCUCUUUCUGCUUGAAGGCUUUCCGUCGGUGUUGAUAGCGGUUUGGGCAUGGGAUUUUGUACCGGAUGGCCCGGGAUCGGCGAAGUGGUUAAGCCCACGACAGCGCGAGAUUGCAGUGAUGAGGCUGAGAUCGGAAAAGGAACAUCAAGAUCAAGAUGACGAGGAGAAGUAUCAGGGUGGGCGAAGAGGACGUGUCAACUUCCACGAAGUGCUCCAAACCUUAAAGGAUCCGAAGUCUUACCUGACAGCACUUAUGUUCUUUUCUUGCAAUGUUGCUUUCAGCUCUAUGCCUGUGUUCUUGCCGACGGUCAUACGUGAUAUGGGUUGGGAGUCCAUUACAGCGCAAGGACUUUCAGCUCCACCUUACCUCUUCGCAUUCGUCGUUGUGCUUACAACUGCGUACUACUCCGAUCGCAUGCAGUCACGCUCGACAUUCAUCAUGCUUCACUCCCUCCUCGCCACACUCGGUUACGGUACUAUUGCAAUGUCCGGGUACCUGCAGUCCGAUAAGACUAUGGUCCGCUAUAUCGCGCUUUACCCCGCCGCUGCGGGCUUCUUCAGUGCUAUCACGAUUAUCAUCACAUGGACACUCAACAACCAGGAAAGUGAUAGCAAGAAAGGUACUGGUAUGGCUCUUCUAAACAUCAUCGGUCAAAUGGGUCCGCUCGUUGGUACGAGCAUCUUUCCCGAUGAAGAUGGUCCUUACUAUGUCAAGGGCAUGAGCAUCUGUGCUGGCUUCAUGCUAUUCGUAGGCUUCCUAGCCGCAAUAUUGAGAUGGGUGUUGGUGAGAGAGAAUCGUAAGUUGAAAAAUGGUCGUAGCGCAGAAUAUGCGGGUGUACCUUUGGAUGAGGGUGGAAGCAUGAGAAGAGAAAGAAAGAAAUUCAUGUUCAUGUUGUAA